GUGUUUCCAGGUAACGCAGGUCACAAAAGAGCAUCAGGGGGAAAAAGAAGGUGGGGAGAAAGUAAACGAGGCUGAAUGAGCUGCAGCACCAGAUUCACGGAGAGUUUCAACAUGACACCUUCCGCCUGACUUUGACCCCCUGAUGACGUUUGGGUGGGAUCAGGACUUCCUCCACGAUGACGUACUUAGCCCACACGGCCCACGCUCAGCUCGCCGCCCUUUGGCUGAGCUGCGUGGGCUGGACUCUGACCGCUGUGGCCCUUGGACUCAUCCAGUGGAGGGUGUGGCUGGUGUCGGACAGGGAGGUCAUCAGCUCCGGCGUGGCCUGGGUGGGCGUGUGGAGGGCGUGCUUCAACAGCUUCACGGAGGUGACCCCCGGCUUCAGGGUCAUGCACUGCAAGCACAUCGGCCUGACGGAGGCCUUCACGCCUCCAGAGAUUGUGGCGGGUCAGGUGCUCAUGAUGCUGUCUCUGCUGGCGGGGCUUUGUGGGAACACCAGCGGCGUUUACACCCUGAGGAACGUCUACUUUGGGGUGGAGAAGAGCCGGCCAAUCCGCUUAUGGUUCUUCGCCACCGGUGCCCUGUGCCUGACGGCCGCCAUGAUGUCCCUCAUCCCUCUCCUGUGGAAUCUGACCUCAGUGGUGACCAAUCAGACCAUCAGGUUCCCCUCGGAUUUCAAGAUGCCCCAGGCGCCUGAUUCGCAACACGUGGGGUGCGGCAUAGGGGUGGGGAUGGUGGGAACGUUCCUGAUGGUUGUCUCUGGGGUGGUUUUCUGCAUGUACAGGUUACCAGAGAGGCCGCAACCCAGGAUCCACCUGGACGGGUCGUUACCUGCAUCAUCUGUGACCGCCGGCCGGGGGAACAACAACGCAGCUUUUGAGUCUCAGGAACAUCUGUGAUCAGCUCGUCUGGACGUCCGGCUCUGACUUGAAGGAGAGAGAGUGAGAGGCUGCAAAACAGAAAGAGGGGAAAAAACACAAAGUUGUAUCUGAGUCUCAAUCUGUUUCCAGCAGAGACACACAGCUGCUCGCGCUCCACACACACAGUUUGAUUUAUUCAUCUCGUCAGACACGGCACAGCCACAGCUGUCGCCUCGACUCAUCUGCUUUUACACUCGGCGGGAGAUCGAAGUGAAUGAUUCAUCUCUUGACAGCAAACAGACCUGAUGCCGGUUCAUGCUUCAGACUGAGUUCAGCCUGUGGCCCUCUGCUGCAUGCCCCC